AUGAACUUUUCUGGUGGCAAUAACCAGGAGCCACUGGGAUCAAUUAAUUCAAAUUUUAGGGAUAUGACCUUGAGUGGCUCUUCUACACCCCUUACAGGCGAAAGUAUGGCUCCCCUUUCCAGGCCAACGUCUUUGCUAGACACUUUAGGCAUACAGCGAGCCAGCUCUCCUUUUGUAGCUCCAAAUCAAAACACAAUUUCAUCAUUGAAUCAACCACCUAAUUUUGGCACACAGCACUCAUCGCUAACAUCAGGUUGGGCCCAGCCCGCAGCCAAUGGCGGCCACAUGCUUCCCCAACUGCCGCAGCUCGUGCCAUCGGUCAUGCCUGAAAUGCCACAGAGUUUUGGAAAUCCAAUGGCCGCACCAAUAUCAGGUGCGGCCGAGUUUGGAAGCAGAGGAAUAAACGCAGCGGGCGCUACCCCUCCCGUAAUGCUUUUACCCACAGUGGAAUCGCAAUGGAAAUACAUUGAUAAUCAAGGGCAAGUGCAGGGUCCUUUCCCAUCUAGUUCCAUGAAAGCCUGGUACCAAGCUGGAUAUUUACAAGUUUCUUUGCAAGUCUAUCGAGUUUCCACGUCACCGGAACCGUUCGGCUUUAAUGAUACAUUCACCGCUUUAGGGGAAAUUAUCAACAAAGUCGGUGAUCUUUCGGAUCCUUUCGGGAAAUUGGACAUUCUUCUAAGCCAGGAUCAGUCCUGUUUACCUGGUUCAACCCCUUUCCCAUUGAUGAGUGAAAGCGAAGUGCCUCGCUCUCAAAUAGACUCUCCAGAUUACACGCAUGCGCAAAUACUUCAACUUCGUGAUUCCGGCGGUGGCUUUUACCAUGAGAUCGUGUCUCAAAUACCUGUCGAUAAGUUCGUAGAAAAGGUAGAUAAGAUCGAUCGUGCUACGCAUGUUGAAGAAAUAAAGCAACGUCAACUCAAGGAGAUGGAAACUCAAAGAAGGAUCGAAUUUGCUGAAAGACAAAGGCAAGAAUUAGCAUUCCAAGAAAUUGAGAAAAAGAGAAAGGAGGAACAACUAGAACAAUUAAGAUUAGAGGAAGAAUUAGCAUUAAGGCAUCAAGCGGAGCAGAAGGCGUUGAAACAACGGGAGAAGGAGUUGGAAAAGGUUGCCGCAGGUAGUGAGAACGGCAGUAGCAAUCAAGUGCAAGAGGAACCCUAUGGGAGACGCUUGCACGAAAUCAGUGAAAGUGAUAAACGUAUAGAAGUUGAAGCUGUUACAAAAGAGACUGAACUUGUUACGAGCGUUUCCCCUGCAAUUAAACCAGCGAAGCCUGCGCCUUGGGCGAAUAAAGCAUCUCAUGUUGUUCCAGGCCCUUCACUAGCCGAGAUUCAACAGCGAGAAGCAGCUGAAAGUGCAAGAAGAAAGAAAGAACUUGAAAUAAAAUCUCGUGAGCAAGCAGCAAAGCUCAAACAGCAAGCUCUCGAGGAGAGCAAACCAACAGUGAGCAUCGAAUCAAUUGCUCCUUGGGCUAGUAAAAAAUCAGGCACUGUUGCCGACUCCGAGGCAAGAUCGGUUGUUAAGUCCAUCGAGCAAGUACAAAAGGAGCAACUUGAGCAAAAGAAGUUCAUCGCAGAGCAAAAGAGGCUUUGGGAGGAGGCCCAAAGAUCUGCGAAACUCAAGAAGGAGGAUAGGACCAACACAGUAACCGAAAGCAAAGAAUGGACUACCGUGGUGAAGAAGCAGCCUGCUGUCAAGGCCCAGAGUUCGAAAGUGAUUAAUCAACCGAGCUCAUAUAUAAGCCCAGAUAAGCUUCGCUCUGUCAGUGCUAAUAAGCCUAAUCAAAUAGGUUCUUCGACUAGCAUCCCAACUUUGAAGGGCAAAGUAGUUGCCCCUGCGGCGACCAACUAUACAGGUAAUGCCUCAACAUCAGCACGUCAAGAGUUUUUAAAAUGGUGUCGUUCCCAAAUGAAGCUAUCUCCUGGGGUCGAUGCUAAUGGUGUUCUAGAAGUACUAUUAAGCUUACCUGCAGGACCAGAAGCAAGAGAGAUUAUUGCAGACACAAUUUAUUCGAAUAGCUCAAUUAUGGACGGUAGAAGAUUUGCCACUGACUUCAUCAAGCGCCGUGUUGAGUGUGAAAGGAAGUUAAAUGAUCCUCUAACGUGGAGCGAAGCCUUAUUAAUGCCUGAAGGAAAUUCAGAUGACUGGGAAUUCCAAGUUGUAACUAAGAAGAAAAAUAGAAAGCGUUGA